CCACCAUCAAAGAAAUCCGCGAUUUUAUGUCGCAAAAACGAAACCUCGCCCUCUUUCCCCAGCAGUGUCACGAGCACUCUACGCCCUCGUUUCUAAAACAGUCCGCAACCCGAACUCCAUCCUUGAUUCUUCCAUAUUAGAGCGAAAUGGGCAAACUCAAGGGUGGCAAGCGCAAUAGCGCCGCGACAAGCUCACCUUACGAAAAAGCGGCAAAGCAAACGAAUAAUGUCUUCAAAUUCAACACCAACGUCGGACAACAUAUCCUGAAGAACCCCGGUGUAGCGGAAGCGAUUGUCCAGAAAGCCGAUCUGAAGCCCUCAGAUGUUGUUCUUGAAGUCGGCCCGGGAACAGGAAAUUUGACAGUCCGCAUCCUCGAGAAGGCUCGCAAAGUCAUUGCCGUAGAACUCGAUCCCCGCAUGGCCGCCGAAGUGACGAAGCGUGUUCAGGGUACGCCGAUGCAGAAGCGCUUGGAUGUCCUGCUGGGGGAUGUGAUUAAAACUGAGCUACCGCCGUUCGACGUCUGCAUUUCCAAUACACCAUAUCAGAUUUCCUCCCCGCUAGUUUUCAAGCUCCUCUCUCUCCCAAACCCGCCGCGCACCUCGAUUCUCAUGUUUCAGCGCGAAUUCGCGCUCCGCCUGACGGCACGCCCUGGCGAUGCCCUAUACUGCCGCCUCAGUGUGAACGCCCAGUUCUGGGCACGCAUAACGCACAUCAUGAAGGUUGGGAAAAACAACUUCAAGCCCCCUCCACAGGUUGAAUCGUCUGUGGUGCGCAUCGAACCGAAAACUGGCAGCGACCGGCCAGGCGUCAGCUGGGAGGAGUGGGAUGGAAUGCUCAGGGUAUGCUUUGUGAGGAAGAAUCGCCUUAUGAGAGCGAGUUGGAGUGGAAAGGAGGUUCUGGCUCUGGUGGAGAGGAAUUAUCGGGUUUGGUGUGCUAUGAAUGACGUUCCGCUUGAGGAGGGCGUCGUGGAUGGUGAGGAUGAGGAUAUGGAUAUUGAGGAUAGCGGGCCGGCACAGGAGGAGUGGGAUGGGAUUAUGGAUGUUGAUGGUGAUGGCGACAUCAAUGGAGGAGCAGACGAUGCAGCAGACGACGAUGAUGCCCCCUCCUUCUUCAAGGAACUCGCCGCUCAAUCUCCCGCUGCGCCACAAAAAACCAAGUCCAAACGUCCCAAGACCCGCGUCGCGGCUCUCGUGCGGUCGAAGAUUAUGCGCGUUCUGGAGGAGACAGAACUUGCGGAUCGUCGCGCUGCGAAGUGCGAUGAGAAUGACUUCCUCCGCUUGCUCGCUGGGUUCAAUGCUGAGGGACUCCAUUUCGCGUAGAGUUACUUUGACGUGCGAUGUUCAAAUGAGGCGUUGGUGGGGUUAGCGGGCGUUAGGAGGCAUAUUGUAUGUGAUGCAUGCACAAGACAUCACUUUAUUUAGUAAGGGUAUAUAGAAAAAAAGCCAUACGGAAUGAAACAUUUUUUACAGUUAAAAACGAACGAUCAAGUGGGCACUAUUUACUCUCAGGGCAUUCGCUCUUUGCCCAACAGGUCAUGG